AUGGGAAGUGGGAAGAAGAGGGCGGCGCUUGCGUCCUUGUUCGGGUUCAAGAACAGGAGACAGGAGGAGGAAGAGGCCACGGCGGCGAGGCGGCAGCAGCAGCAUGCGGCGGCGGCGCCGCAGCAGAGGUACCAGCAUCACAGGGUGCGGCCGAGCGACGACGACGACUACACCCGGCACUGGUAUGCCGAACGCGACAUCGACCGAAAGGCCUCCGAGUUCAUCGACAAGGUCCACCGCCGGAUGCUCGCCAACGAGCAGGACGGAUAG